AUGGUCCGUUGCAGCAUGUCGAGAGGCGUUUCUUCUUUCCAGACGGAUCGAAAACCGGCAGAACGUGCCAGUGACAGUAAACCUUCGAUUUGGUAGGUAGUCUUUGUCUCGAUUAAAUUGUACUCACCGCAGACAGGUGCGUGAUGGAAUUUCAAAAAUUGUCGGCGCAAAUCUUGAAGACUUUUUGCGACCGACAAAAUUUUUGUAAUAAAAAAAUAGACUUUUUUUGAUUUUUGAAUCAUCUAAUAAUUGUUCUUAAACGAAUUUAAAAAAAGAUAGGCAGAACUCACUUUUUUUCCAGAUCCUUCACCGUAUUUUUUUUUAAAGAAGAAUGAUUUUUACAAAGUAGAAGCAAUGAAAAAAAGUUUUGAUAGUAGCUAGUAGCUUUAAAUAGGUAAAAAAACAAUAUGAUUGUAAUAGUCGUAUGCAGAAACAAAAAAAUCUUCUGUUUCAAUAUAUGCGGUAUUUAAAAAAAUUAAAAAGUAGAUCUUCUUUUUUUUCUGUGGCGUAUUUUUUUGUUUUCAGGUUCAUUUUGUUCUUUCAUCAAAACAAAUUCAUGAUUUAAUCUGAGAAAAAGAAAAACAAAUGACAAUUUAAAUGUCUUCCAUUUUCUCAACAUAGUCUUCAGGGUUGAAUAUACGCAACUUGCCGUUGAUUGUAAGGCCGUGAACCUCGGACAAGUGAGUAUAAAAUCUAGUUAAUCACCCUGACAAUGCUUUGAAGGGAUUUCCCGACGCUCCAGCUCCAAAAUUUGUCACGGAUAUCUUGAGAAACUACAGUGAUAAUCCUUCUCUCACCGCUGUACAUCAAUACACUCGAGGUCAGGAAUUCCGGAAGUUUGUGAAUGUAUUUUGUAGUUCUAGGCUAUGGUCAUCCGAAACUUGUGAAAGCACUCGGGAAUUUGUACUCUGAGCUGUACAGUCGCGAAAAUCUUGACCCUAAUAAUGAGGUAGAGAGAUUGAGCUACCAUCAAUAAAAUUGAAUAAUUCAGAUCUUGGUUACGGUAGGAGCAUAUCUGGCCCUUUACUACACUUUUUGCGGUUGGAUCCAAGAAGGAGAUGAAGUGAUAGGCAUGUUUCCCAAUUUGAACGCUUAUUAUAUCAAACAUUUUCCAGUCAUAGAGCCCGCUUAUGACUGUUACGUCCCUCAGAUAAAAAUGGCAGGAGGAAAACCAGUUCUGAUUUCGAUGAAGAAGCCGAAAGAUGCGUCCUCUUCUUCUGAUUUCAAAAUUGAUUUCAAAGAGUUGAGAGCGGCUAUUACUCCUAGAACCAAGGUGAAAAAAUUUACUUCGUGAGAACCUCAAAAAAAACUUGAGUGAUACAAAUAACACAUUUCAAACGUUCUGAGAAAUUAGCUUCUUGAUUCAGGGACAUUUUUUCUUCUCAGUUAUUCUUUUAAGAUGCUGGUUCUGAACAACCCAAACAAUCCAAUCGGCAAGUUGUACAGCAGAGAAGAGUUGGAAGAAAUCGCCAGUAUUGUAAAAGAAAACGAUUUGAUAGUGGUGGCUGAUGAAGUCUACGAGUGGCAUUGCUUCGAAAAACCAAUGAUUCGUUUUGGUCAGUUCUAUUUAUUCUCAUACAAGUGCUGCUUUGGAAGAAAUUUCACAUAGAUCCCCAUUCAAAAAAUCCGUUUUUUUCACAAUGAAAAACCAAUAGCUGCUUUUUGAAAAAUAGUUUACAUUUCAGCUAGCCUACCGGAUAUGUAUGAACGUACAAUUUCCAUUGGAAGCGCUGGAAAAGCGUUUUCCGUUACCGGUUGGAAACUCGGGUGGGCUGUUGGACCACUACAUCUUUUGGAGCCCUUGAAGGUAUGAUUAAUUGAAGAAUCGAAUUUUUCUCGAGUAAUAUGUCUUAUUAUUACAUUAUUAGGAAAUCGAGAAAAAAAAUGCAACCAAAAUUUUCAAGGUAAUUCAUCAAAACUGCGUGUUUACCUGCAGUUCUCCUACUCAAGCAGCACUGGCUGAUGCUUUCGAUAUUGAGUAAAAAAAAUUACGAUUAUCCGAAUUUUCAGUAUUCGAUUCAGGCAUGCAAAGUUUAAAAGCGACCCGGAGAAUUCUUACUUGCUGAAAGGCCUUUCGAAAGAACUCAAGAAAAAAAGGGAUUUUCUGGCGGAGAACUUGAAGUCUGUGAUUAUUGUAGAUUUCGUUUUUAUUGCAUUCUUUCAGAGAAGCCGGAUUCAAUGUCAUUCUUCCAGAAGCCGGAUACUUCAUGUUGGCGGACUUCUCUAAGUUCAUCAAUAGUGAGCUUUUUGCGGUUAUGGAAAAAGUCCUUUGAAAUAUUCAGCUGAUGAUCAAAAAACCGAUGAACCAAGGGACGUCUUCUUUUCGAAGCAUCUUUGCAGAAAUAUGGUUGAAAUUCAAAUUGUAACAAUAUUAACCCUCAAUGACUCAGAAACUGGCGACCAUCCCUCCUUCGGCAUUUUACUCGGACAAAAAAGGAAAAAUGGAGAAUGAUACAAUGAUCCGUUUUUUUGCUUUUUUUCAAAGUAAGUUUUUUUAAAAAAAUCAAUCAAGUUUGUUUUUAAUUGUUUCCACAGAAUAUCUGAUGUUUUUUUAAAUCAUAAAAAGUAUAAUUCCUUCCGUAUUAAAAAGGAACUAAAUGAGAGAACUUCACAGACUGAUGAAACGCUGGAAGCGGCCAGGAAAGUUCUUCAUUCGCUCUCUGAGAACGGUGGAAAGCUCACCCCAGGUAAAAAUUACCUACACUCAUUCAAAACUUCAGUGCGUUUUAGAUGAAAAACCUUCGCAAUGAUGUCGACGGAUUGAUAUCAGUAGGUGAACUUACCAGAGUAAAACUAAUUUUUCAGCUUUUUUUUCAGAAAGAAAUUUUGGACUGCGCCCUAUAUUACACGUGCAAUUCAAAUUGAACAAGAUUUAUUGGAAUUUUUAUAGCUCUUUUCAUGACUCUUUCACGUGUUAUUGAUCAAUCUUUUUUGUAUCUAUUCUGCUCAUAUUACUGCUUCAGCUUUCUGAGAAAACCGAAUUCAUACUAUGUUAUGGGUAGGAUGAAUUUUAACUGGUAUAGGAUUUUUCCUUUUUUUUCCUGUGUUUUUUUUUCCUUAAAAAUAUUAUUGAUUUGAAUAUUUGAACAUUUUUUGAGUACAACUUUUCAAGAUUCAAGAAUCGCUGUGAGUAUUUUUGAAACUCCUAUUGCGUUUAGAACUUUAUGAAUUUUCGACGAACUGUCCAACCAAAUAGUUGGAUAGGUUCAAAUAGAAGUAAUGUAUCCUUUUGGCUAUGAAAAAUUGCCAAUUUAAUUGUAAUUCAUAAUUUUUCGGGAAUGGAUUUUGAUCCUUUUUUUUGUUAGAGGCAGAUGGCCAUGAACAAUAAUUAAAAAAAUGUUUUUGUAUAAGAAUUGCUCCUAUGUAUGUCAUAACAAAUUUCCAAUGGCUUAAGCGCAAAUCAAUGGAAUUAAAAGACUAUUGAGUUUUUGAAUUCCAAAACAGUUUCAUCGCUCUGAACAUAUCCAAAAAUCUGCCGAUUUAAUAGCUCACAUAGCUCAAAACUUUCAUUAUAUGCAGUUCAACUACAUCUCCAGGUUGAAAAAAGCUUUUGAAGAAAAGUUCGAACCGAAGACAAAAGGGUGCGACGCCUUGCCGGAGCAGCCGAACGGACCAGUUCUCACCACCAUUUUCUUGACCGUACAGCAAACUGAAAGCCCAACACCCCAAAGUGUAUUUUUAGCUUUCCCACAUUCUCCGCUUUUCUCGCUCUCUUUUCUUUCCGCGCACCACCGACGGUUUAUCUCUAGGCCCUGA